GUCGGUCGUGACGUCACUGCCGGCCAGACGCCAUCUUGAUGGUUUGCGGCCGGACUUGGAUGUGGCAGCCCCGGCGGUGGUGAGGGCGUGGGCAAGGGUGGGGUGAGGGGGCGAGGCCGCGACGAGGGCGGCGAAACUCUCCUCCCCUCGGCCCCACCGCGUGGGACGGCGUGGACCUGGUGUCGGAGGGAUGUCCGCCUUCACCGAGGCGGCGCUGGAGAAAAAGCUGUCGGAGUUGAGCAACUCGCAGCAGAGCGUGCAGACCUUGUCCCUGUGGCUCAUCCACCACCGCAAGCACUCGCGGCCCAUCGUCACCGUGUGGGAGCGGGAGCUGCGGAAAGCCAAACCAAACAGGAAGCUUACUUUUCUCUACCUAGCCAAUGAUGUCAUUCAGAACAGCAAAAGGAAGGGGCCGGAGUUUACAAAAGAUUUUGCACCAGUUAUAGUGGAGGCUUUUAAGCAUGUUUCAAGUGAAACUGAUGAAAGUUGUAAAAAGCACCUUGGAAGAGUGUUAUCUAUUUGGGAAGAAAGGUCUGUUUAUGAAAAUGAUGUAUUAGAACAACUUAAGCAAGCUCUGUAUGGUGAUAAGAAGCCUAGGAAGCGAACUUAUGAACAGAUAAAGGUGGAUGAUAAUGAAAACUGUUCCUCUCUGGGAUCUCCAAGUGAACCACCACAGACUCUAGAUCUCGUUAGAGCAUUACAAGAUCUAGAAAAUGCAGCUUCAGGUGAUGCAGCAGUUCAUCAGAGGAUAGCUUCUUUACCUGUUGAAGUCCAAGAAGUAUCCCUGCUAGAUAAAAUAACAGAUAAAGAAUCUGGAGAAAGGCUUUCUAAAAUGGUAGAGGAUGCUUGUAUGUUGCUGGCAGAUUACAAUGGCAGACUGGCGGCAGAAAUAGAUGAUAGGAAGCAGCUCACUCGAAUGUUAGCAGAUUUUCUUCGCUGUCAAAAGGAAGCCCUUGCAGAGAAAGAGCAUAAAUUGGAAGAAUACAAGCGCAAGUUAGCCAGAGUUUCCCUGGUGCGCAAAGAACUCAGGUCCCGGAUCCAGAGCCUGCCAGACUUAUCUCGAUUGCCCAAUGUCACUGGCAGCCACAUGCACCUGCCCUUUGCGGGGGACAUCUACAGUGAAGAUUGAUGACCAGUCUCUUUCCAAGUCCCAGGACUUUGCAAGAAAUGGAGACAGCGCAGAGAGCUGUCUGGAGUGGCAGUUUGAACAGAUUCCCUGGUGCUCCCUCUGCUCCUUCCAUCAUUACAGUAAGUAAAAGGACCAUGGGGGGGAACCCGGAGGCUGAGAAAUUCAGCUGUGUUCAAUAGCCGACCUCCCCCUUGAGGAAAACCAUUCCAGUCGCAGCUAUUCUGGUACCUCUUCUCACAUGCAGUCUGAAUUAGGGCUUUUCUAUAAGAAAUCCUUCAGAAUCAGAAACGGCUGGGAUGACCCAGUCAUCUUGAUUUGCAGAAUUAAAAGAACAAAACUAAGUUGUCAGUCGUCACUGCUGAUGAGCAACUCAUCUUUUAAAAUAUAUUUAUUGAACUGGUUCUGAGAAAUCUUUAGAGAGCAAAAACUCACAAGUACAAAUUAGCUAACUGGGAAAGUUAGAAUGUGCUUUCUGAAUUUUCCACUCUAAAAAUUUACAUUAUGUGAAAUAACAUAAGGCUACUAAACUGCUUUGUAUUCUAUUAAGAAAUAGCUCCUAAAGAUGUAGUCUUGUUUCAUAGUUGUUGCACUAUAUCAAAGCUUAAAGUGUAAACCCAGUUCUUCUCUGUAUAGAAAGGGAACAUUGUGUUACUUAAUGAAUUUAUUUAUACAGAGCAUUUG